AUGGCGAUGGUGAAGGCUAAGCCUCACACUGGCAAUACAUCCUCAUCUCACAACUCGGUCCAGUCUCACAUCUCGUGCAAGGCCGCCAAAGUCAAGAAGACCUUGCAGGCUGGUGCGAAAGCUGUCGUCCGUCCUCUCAAGCACCUCUGA